AUGGAGGGCGAUUUGGUGCAAUCACCGCCUCGUCUGUUUGGCCACUUAGUGUGCACUGUGAAACGCCAGAAAGCCAGAACCGUGACAAGUCCCGCGCCCCUAAGGUUGCAGAACUCCAGCCCUAAGCCCGGCACACACCAGGUGGCAGGGAUCGGGACGCGCGCCCCCGCCUGGUCCACGAGCGCCGGGACCGCCACAACCUCACUCCCCGGUGGCUCCAGAGCGCACUGCCGGGCACGCUCUCCGGAGCUCGGGCGUCCGCGAUCUCGCGUGCUAGGGCGCCGGCGGCGACAAGCGGGGGGCGCGGCGCUGCUCUGCUACCGGCUCCCGGUAGCCAGAGCCGCGGACCCACCUAGAGUGGCCCUGCUGAGCCGCGAGCGACCCACAGGCUUCCGGACCCUCGCAGCAGCUGUGGGGAGCUCGGGCCGCGGCUCCUCCGGCUCCAAUCUGGGCGCCUGGGGCCACUCGCUGUCGCCGCCCAUGGGUAUCCGAGAGUUUCCUGGCGGCGCUCCCAGGGCCAAGAGCAUCGCUGUUGGCAUGAGGAGGUCACCGGACGUCAGCCCGCGGAGACUGUCGGACAUCAGCCCUCAGCUCCGGCAGCUUAAGUACUUGGUGGUGGAUGAGGCGAUCAAGGAGGAUCUGAAAUGGUCACGCUCCGUGGAGGACCUCACUAGCGGGCCGGUGGGACUCACGUCCAUCGAGGAGCGGAUCCUGCGCAUCACAGGCUACUAUGGCUACCAGCCCUGGGCGACCAGCUACAAAAGUAAGACCCCUACGUAA